AUGUCAUCUACACAGAAUUCAUGGAAAUCGAUGAAAUCAGAAGGUGCAAUACUCACACGUCUUCUUCACUCUCCAUCCAAUUAUCUUCACCAUCAAGUGGUUGAUAAUGAUGAAAUUGUGAUUGUUCAGCCUACAGAUCGAGAAGAAGAUGGUCGAAGGGGAGAAGAAGAAGAGGAGAGAGAGAAACAGACGUCAAUCACAAUCGAAGUAGGAGAAGAUGUUGGGGAGGAGUUGACCGAUGAAGAUGGUGAAAUGAUAACAAUUCAACCCUCACCCUCGAUAUCUUCUACAAAUUCCACUUCGACAUCACAUCUAGUCAAUACACUUGUCAAUUCUACGUUGAAUGAAAUUCCUGUCAGAUUCCUGACGACACAGUCAUCUUCUAAGCCUGUUAAUAUCCUACCAGUGAAUGAUACUUCACAAACUUUAUCAACAAGUACACGAGGACGUGGUGCUCCACCUCCAAGUCUAUCAUUCCGACCGAUAUUACCAGCUGAGAGUACCCGCUCAACAAGUCUACGAAAUCCAUGUAUUGUCUCCAACUCCACUUUACCCACACUUUGGUUACGUUCAUCUGACACGAAUACGACAAUCGGUAUUACCGUUCCAGGAGGUGUGCGUAGUCAUACUGACCUGACGAGUGUUCUAGCUCAGAGUGCAGCUGUAAUGAAUUGUUCAACGAGGAAUAUUAUUAAUCGAUCUCCUGGAGCUAUAUGCUGCACACCAUCUGUCCCUGAGAAUACCACAGACGAUAACAGUGGGAAUAAUGCCAUCAAUAAUACUGCCCCUGGUAUUAUUAGCUGUGAUAGCAAUAGUAGUGGUAGUAGUGGUGUUUGUGUUGAUGGUGGUAUAAAAAUUCCUACGACUUCAGUAUUACCGAAUUUAUCACGUGAAUCAUCAGGUGGCGAUUAUUUAAUUCUCGAUGUCAAUACUAACACACAACAAACACUGAAUGGAAUUCCCCAUCCUGGAGCUUCAUUCAAUACAAAAUCUGUGAAUGAGCUGCACAGAUAUCAGUGUGCAUAUCCUGACUGUGUUGAAGUCUACUCAAAUGUGCAUAGACAGAAAGAAUCUGUUGAAUGGGAUAAUGGUAAAAGACGGUAUGUUUGCAGAGAGCGUGAUUGUGGUGCCGCAUUUGUUCGAUUCUAUGUGGCAAAACUCCAUGCGUUAACUCAUAGAGUUGAUCGUAAAAUUUCCACACGACUCUCAGAAUAUACUGUAUAUGUGCAGCAUCUUAUGAAUGAAGAAUUCUGGUGUGGGUGGUGA